AUGGAUGGAGUGAGGCCUUAUGCUGUUGUGAUUCUAGUCCAACUAAUAGAUGCUGGGAUGUUCAUAAUAACCAAAGCAGCUUUAACCUUUGGUUUGAAUCCUUUAGUUUUCAUUUUUUACCGACAUGCUUUUGGCACUUUCUUGUUAGCUCCUAUAGCAAUGAUUUUUUUGAGGAGAAAAGCUCAGUCACCUGCACUUUCAUUCAUGUUAUUGUUUAAGACGUUCAUGCUUGUCUUGAUGGGGAUUUCAAUUUUUUAUGCCAUCUAUUACAUUGGAUUGAGCUACAUAUCAGCAACAGCAACUUCUGCCAUUUCAAACUCCCUCCCUGUAUUCACCUUCAUUUUUGCUGUUUUCCUCAGGAUGGAAACUUUGAAGCUGAAGAGCAGAUCAGGCAUAGUUAAGCUUCUAGGAAUACUAUUCUGUGUGACUGGAAUACUGAUAAUUGCUCUAUAUAAAGGCCCCCAGUUGAGCUCAUUGAACCACCACCACAUUCAACUCAACAACCAUGAAGGAAACUCCAACCAUGAGUCUAACCACUCUAUCACCACCUGGAUAAAAGGCUCCUUCCUAGUGGUCUUGUCCUGUGUAAUCUGUUCACUGUGGUUUAUCUGCCAGGGGACAUUGCUGAAGGAACUCCAGUCAAAGCUACACUUCACAACCUAUGUCUGCAUAUUCAGCACCAUCCAAUCAUUUGUUAUUGCCAUCAUGUUCGAAAGAGACUUUACCAAAUGGAAGUUGCACUGGGACAUGGGAUUGCUCGCAAUUGGAUACUCUGCAGUAGCUGUCACCGGUUUAUCCUACUACUUGCAAGCCUGGUGUGUUGACAAGAAGGGCCCUGUCUUUCUAGCCAUAUCAACACCAUUGUCCUUUGUUUUCACCAUGAUAGGCUCGUCAUUCAUCUUAGGUGAACAAAUAAAUAUGGGAAGUGCAUUAGGUGGGAUUUCUAUGGUGGCAGGACUCUACAGUGUUCUAUGGGGAAAGAGCAUGGAAACCAAAGUGCCUCAACCAUCCAUUGUGAUUGAGUGCAGUGUAUAAUUUUAGCAAAAGUAUAAUUUUUAUCUUGAUAAAAUCAC